AUCGCACCGGGCCAAAUGUUGCAGAUCGAAGUGAAUAGGAAGAGAAUCUCUCGUAGGAGAGAAUCAUGGCGAGAAGCCGAGAACUAGGAUUCGCUCCUUUCCUAUCCUCUCCGCCGCCUCCGAUCCGGUAACGUCACUCUCCUAGUCUCCGCCGCUUCCUUCCCUCUCUAUUUCCUGAGGUUCUCCUCCCACCGAGAUUCCUCCGGAAAGGAAAGGAGAAGGCGAGCCAACACCAACAUAAAAGAUUGGUCGAGAGGCGAGAUGAGACGGACCCGAAAGUGAAAAGGGUUGGACCGUUGGAGGAAGCCCUCUUCUUGCAAGAAGCAGCCCUGUAUUGUAUUGGGAGGUCUUCGCUCAGUUCCAGACCCCUUCCACCAUCAAGGAAGUUCUUGUCCUGUCCGGGGUAUUGUGAGGUUGUGCUGUUUAUCGGUGAGAGUUUUCCAUAUGUUCAUGCUCCUGGCCACCAUGGAAAUUUGGUACUUACAUGAUCUCUUGACUAUUCAAUCACUAACCAGUAAUCUAGGGGUUACUUGAAUAUCUUUUGCAAAAGGCGAAUUUCUUUCGAAUUUGUUUCAACUUAAAUGAGACCUGCCUAAAUCAGUGAGCUUUUCUGGAACAUGUUUACCCAGUUCUUGAGUUGUUGGAGUGCCUUGGCACCUCUAUUCAACUCGGGCCACUUAACCGUAGAGGGAGAAUUUUUCUGGCACUUUUUGUCACAAUGGACAAUGGAGUAGACCUUCCAAUUCCAAGCCACCUUCCGUUAUCACAUCCUGAGAUCUCUCAUGGACUUGACGAUUUCCUGAAGAGUACAACUGCAUGUACUCAUACGCACCCUUGCAAUCCACCGGGUCCGGCGGCAGCUAUGCAUACCCACACAUGCCUCCACACGCACACGCAAGUCAUAGCCUCUGGCGAAGAGCAGAGGAAGCCUCAGAAACCUUUGGGAAAUAGAGAGGCUGUGCGCAAGUACCGGGAGAAGAAGAAAGCGCAUGCAGCCUUCUUAGAGGAGGAGGUCAAGAAGCUACGUGCCACCAACCAGCAGCUGCUGAGGAGAUUGCAGGGGCAUGCAGCACUGGAGGCUGAGGUGGUGAGGUUAAGGGUCCUCUUGUUUGAUGUCCGAGGCAAGAUCGAUGCAGAGAUCGACUCCUUCCCUUUCCAAAAGCAUAGCAGUGUUGAUUCUGUUAUUUGUACAGACCCUCCCCUUUGCUUUAACACCAAUGCAGAGGUAGCAGCCCGAGAGACCAGCUCUGGUGGACCAACAAUUUUGGAUUUUGAGAUUGAUGAAAGUGGCAGUGUUUCACGAGAACUCGAUAUUCCUGAAGUGGUUAAUUCGAUGGAUGCAGCUGCGAGCUACUUCUGAGUUUUGAGCUUAUACCCUGUUUGAAUAAUCGGUAGCUAUGGGUAGGCGUGUGAAGUUGAUAUACCCUGUCAAGAAGCUGCUGGUUAUAAGUUCUAAUUGUACUUGUAAGUGUGUACCGUACUUGUAUGAUACUAGUUUGAAAGAAGUGCUAUUCUGUUUUCUGCAGAAUUCCACUGCUAAUGCAGUAUAUUGGCCUAAAAAUGUUUCCUGA